UGAAAUCAAACGACCGUUAGGGUUCUCUCUCAAGUUGAUCCGAAAUUAUUCGGAGCUCGGCCUCUGCGCUUGUCUGAAGCUCGGGGGAUUGCCUGUUCUAUUUUGAUACGGAAGUGGAUUCAGCAACCCGCUUUCGCUUCGCACCUCAACUGUUCCUUCGUAUGGGAAUCGGUUCCGGGGCACUGUCGACCCGAUUAAUCAUCUCUCUAGAUUUACAUCGUUGUCCCAGGUGUGGGCGAUUUUCGCGAGUCCUUUCUCCUUCGUCGGCGGUUGCGUCUCCAAUCACCGUCGUUGACUAGAACUCCUCGUUCUUUCUCCUCAACGGAUCGGUAGCUUUAGCACACAACCAAAGUCGAUUAAUUGAUUGAUUUUAUCGAAAGAAGAAGACACGGAAGUGUCCGAUUUCUUCUUCGAAGAUUUUCGGACUUGGGGUCUGGCCAUGUUCCUAAUUCCUUGUGCUUCUUUUGGUGGGAUUAGGAUCUUGAAAGGUUGAUGGAAGGUAUGGGAUAAUUGGUUAUAAGUUGUUUGGUAAGUUUAUUGCAUGAAAAUCUGGAGGACUUGUUUGAUCUAUUUUGUAAGACAUCUCAGUCGGCUGAUCAUUUUCUAUUAUAUUAGCUGUAAUUUGUUUAUCCUUCUCUGAUUACAACAUUCCUUUGGCUGAAAGUCUGGAAGGGAAUAUUGGAGGUUCUGGUGUGUUUCCUCAACAGGAUCUGUUUUCUCUUUUGGCAAGUUAAUUUGGCUCUAAUUGAUGCUUGGUUCUUAUGUGAUCCCUUGAAAGGCUUUUAGAUGUUUGGUUUUUAAUCCUUAUAUAAUAUUGAGCUGGUUGUUUGGAUUCUCUUCUGAUCUGAUGCCCCAAAGGAUUUGGCUUCUAGGGAAUUUGUUAAAGUUAUGAGAGUUGGUUUGAAUUCUAGGCUGUAGCUAUACUAAAUUUUGUUUCCAUCUAUGCUCUAAGAUUAAUGUUUGAUGGAUAUGGAAUGGAAUGGAAUAUAGUUGGCUGUUGGGUGAUGCUCUUAUUGAUGCUGAUUCUUGUCUUUUCCGCUAGGUGUGGAGCUGUUAUCUUUAUUUUGAGGGAGAGGGAACUUGUAAGGGAUGUUUAGUUGUAGAAAAUGAUUUCUAGUUUUUAAUCUCCAAUUUUCUGAAAAAUCUCUAGUCUUCAUUUUCCAUAGAAAAUUUGAAAAACACAUGCACAUGUUAUAAAUACUGAAAAAUAAUUUCUAUUCUAGAAAAUUAGAACAUAUGUUCAAAAAAGAUAGAGAUGUUUUAAUUUCUUUUUGGUAACUUGUGUUAGAGAAGGAGAUGGAGAUAAUUUGGGGAAAAUUUUUGAAAACCCGUGUUUUCCAAAUCUCCAAAUGAAUAAGGAAAACUUUGAAAACUCUUUUAAGUAUUUUCUAAGUCUAGUCCAAAUAUGGAGGACUGCACUUUAUCUCUAUUUUCUAUUUGGAAAAUUUUGUAUUUGAACAAUUUUUUUAAUUUGCCAUUUUCUGUGGAGUAAUUUUCCAAAAAACUGGGGCUUGUAGAUCCUCUUUUGACGAUGAGGUGGUCUGGUAAUAGGGGUGGAGUCUUUUGUAUGCUGUUGCUGCACUUGUGCUGAGGAUGCAUCUUGGUGUUCAUCUUCAGCUGUUCUUUUUCUGAAGGUGCUAGAAAGGACUCUGUGAAUUGGUUUGGAUUCUCUUGCUGUGAAGUUAUGUCAUUAAGAGCCUUGAUAAUAUGCACUUUUGCAGUUGGGUUAUCUUUUGUGUCAGUCAGUGAGAACUCUGUUGUGGUCAUUUCAGGCUGAAGUUGCCUAUUUUUGUCUUGUAAUCAGUUUUGGUUGUCUUGAAAUCAGUAUUGGUUGUAUCUUGAAAGUCCCAUUAGCCUGUAAUGCGUGGUGCCCUGUUCUGCUCUGUUUGUUUGUUUCCUGCUUUUCCUAGUUAGUUCUACAUUCUUAGGAUAGUUAUCAGUUGGGUUAAGACAAUGGGCAGUUGGCAGUGUUACUAGUUUUUGGGUGGUUUUUUUAUUCUGUAACUUGAUCAUUCUUCCUUUUUAAUGAUAUAUCUCAUCUUUUAUCCCCCCCCAAAAAAAAAAGAUAACAGGCGAUCAAUGGGGUGAGAAAAUGGAAGGGUUACAUGUUGUGCUUGCAUAUUUGAUCACGAAACCCCUCAAAACGGUCUUGCCUCUAUGAUUAUUUAAUUUAUUUUUACGUGAGUACCAUUUCUCUAUGGUUGAGUAUUUUGGAUCUAAAAAUAUUUCAAUGGCCCGCCUGCAAUCCAUGCUAUACCUCUCAAAAUGAUCUUGCCUCUGUGCACACGCAUUUAUAAAUUGAUCCUAUACAUUUGCCUUCCCUACACAUGUCUAUAUAUUUACUUAUCCUACACAUUAAACAUAGUAAUCAAUCAUUUUUAGCUUUAUUCAUAGAAACUCCAGUGACCACAAUUUUUAUGUACUCCUGACAUUCACACCACACCAAAUAUUUAACAGGCAGCAUACUGUUGAGUAGAAGAAUAGGUAUCUGUGCUCAUUGGCAUGGCUGCUUCUGCAAAAACACUCACACGAGAAAAGCCAAGAACAGAAGGAGACUGGACAAUUGUUUUGCCUCGUCGAGGGAAACAGAGAAUGAACUUGCUCAAAACUAGGAUCUCUGAACAAGAACAAUCAUGGGUACCAACGGACCACGAAACCAAUCCUGACAGGGAAUCAAAAUUGAUCCGGAAGAUUCAAGUAUGUAUGAAGAAAGUUGAGAGCUCCAAAUUCUUUUGUACUCUAAUGGAUCAAAUACAGGCUCCUGAAAUCAUGCAUUACAUUCUUACGGUAUUGGGUUCCGAGUCAAGGAUGCAGAUGGUGAUUUAUGGUCUUGGCAGCAUCGAAUCAUAUGAGCCGCCCCAAUUUCAGCUAGUUGUUGCGAUUUUGAUGAGAAAAAGGUUCAGUUGGAUUGGGGACGUGGAAGUGUUUGAUCCAAUUCUAUCUGCUACAGAAUGUCGGGCACUCGAACGGCUUGGUUGUUCUGUUCUGUCAAUCAACGAACGUGGUUGCCGACGAGCUUUGAAGCCAACACUGUUCUUUAUGCCACAUUGCGAGGUAGAAUUAUACGACAAUCUGGUGCAGGCAAAUUGGAAGACGGGUACGUUGCAUCGAAUUCUGCUGUUUGGGAACAGCUUCAAGGCAUACGAAGAAAAUGUUUCGGUCUUUAAGAACUCCACUCUUGUCGAUUCGGGAAAGCAUGUAUUGGCUGUUGGAAGAUUCACAAAGGAGUUUGGAAUCAACACAGUUUCAGAUGAUUAUUUUGGAGCUUUCCAUGACAUGAGUUGGCACUUCUUCAUGGUCGCUGAUGGUGAGAUGGAAGGAGCAGCAGUUUGUGAAAUGACUUCCGAGGAUUCAAAUAGUUGAAUCUUAAUUGUUUCCUGAUUGCAUUUCUCCAUUCUUAGCAAAUUAAAUAUGCUCAUUAUUUGUCAUCCAGAAACUGCUUUUGGGUGUCUUCAUUUAGCCAUCAAUAUCAGUAUUAUUACAAGCAAAUAUUUGUGCUCCUACAUGAUUUGUGUUCUAGAUGCGCUGUGUGUAUACGUUUAAGAUUGA